AUGCAUAAACCAGACUAUCGGGAGCCCAAGACAGCAAAGACAACAUGUGUGUAUACAAUAUCUCAAGAGUCAAGAUAUUUGAUUAUAGAGAAUAUACCAUCUUUAGGCGUUAUUAACGAGCUCAUAAAGCUAUGCCAACAGUAUGGUGAUAUAGAAGAAUAUAAGCCAUUAGAUCACUAUCCUACUUCAACAGCAGAGACUGAUGUUGUCUGGAUAAAAUAUAUGAAUAUAGCAUCAGCUAGAAUGGCUAAACGUAAACUAGAUGAAAAACCAUUCUUUGCUCAUAUGUUGAAAGUGAAUUAUGCACCAGAGUGUGAAUCAUUCGAAGAUAUACGAUCAAAGUUUAAUGACAGAAUAACCUCAAUAUCAAAGAAGUUAAAUCAUACAUUUCAUAAUAGAAAAAGGAAAAGACAGUCAAAAGACCAAGAUGCUGUUACUAUUACAGUCGAUACCAAUGAAGAUGCUUCACAUAAAGAACCGCAAGCCAAAGCACGAAGACGUAUAUGA